AUGUCGGUCUUUCUUGGCUCCUCAUCACAGUACUCACAUGCCACUGUUGAUCCAGAAAAGAUUAAAUUAGCAGAGAUACAAUUUCAAGCUUCAGCUCAUACAUUUAACAAACUAUUACGAAGAUGUGAAGCAAAAUGCCUCGUUCAUGAAUAUGGAGAGGGGGAGUUAGCCAAAGGCGAAUCAGAAUGUAUUGACAGAUGUGUUUCAAAGUAUGUGAAAGCUAAUCUCGUUGUGGGACAACAUUUCCAAAAUCAAAGACUAGAUCCAUUCAACAAUAUGCCUGAAUACAAAAAGAUAAAGAGCAUACUAAAUGGACGAGUGUAA